AGCUCUGACGUCAUUUCGCUCCUCCUAGCAGGGAGGUAUUGAACAGUGUAGUGCUGGAGCCACCACCACCGCUCAUGAAAUCCCAAUUGGCGUUCAAAUUUUACAUAUUCUUUAUUUAUUAUUCGAAUCAGAUGGUAAAUGUUUAUUUAUCACCAUUACGCACACGCUGAUAGCUCAUUUUUAGUAAUUCAAAUACUAGUUUAUUUUGACAAUUAUUAUUUAAUUUUUACUUGAUCAUUUGAUAACUGAUAUCAUGUCAGACGAGAAUCAACCCCCUUCAAAAAAAAGACACAUUUCGACUGAUAAAUUGAACGUUAAGCAUGCAAUAUCGGAAAUUGGAAUAUUUAUCAACAAAGUGAAGAAUAAGUUAGAAGAAUUCAUUCAAUCAAAAAAUAAAAUACUAAAUUUAAGUUGUGGGGAAAACAGUUUUAAUUCUCAAGAUGAGCUACACGGUGACCACAACUCUGAGGAUAAUCAAAUCGGACAGUUCUCAACAUCAAGCGAAUGUCAAACAGUUUUUAAAGAGCUAGGAAUAAACAAUGUUAAUAAGAAAAUCUCUAAAUUGCUAGGUAUAUCAGAAAGAUCAGUAUAUGGAAUUAAAAUCAACGAUGCCAAAUUAAAUACUGAAUCAGUAAAAAAACUCAGCUCAAAAAAAAUAGUUUGCGAAGAAUUUUUUAUCUCUAUGAUAAGACGAUUAAAUCAGGAAUUUUAUAAAAAUAAAGAAUAUCCUACGGCCAGAAAGUUACUUGAUCGUUGCUUAGAUAAUCCCGAAUUUCCAAGAAUCAAACUAACGUUGUUUAGGGAGUGGAUGAUAAAUGAAUGCAAAUUUAAGUACCGAAAAAUCAAUAAAAAACCUGUGUUCUUGGAACGCUACGACAUCGUCGCCCAACGAGAAUUCUACCUAAGAAGUAUUCGCAAGUUUCGCCAAGAAGGAUACUCAGUAUUCUACUCUGAUGAAACCUGGGCGUCACCUGAUCAAGCGAGGAGUCGUUGCUGGCAGAUUUUAUUAUCUGAUGAAGAGUAUAAAGACAUGACGGGGUUUUGGGGUGGCGACUGUUUGCGGGAUAUGAACGGUUAUGCUGGGGGAUUUUUAUUGAAGUCGGCAAACGGACGCAUUAUAAUUAACCACAUUGGCAACGAAUUAGGAUUUUUGGCCGGUGGGGACGACGUUUUCAUCUCAAAAAAAGACACAAAGGACUAUCACGGAAACAUGAAUAGCGAUCGGUACUUGGAAUGGUUUGCCAAAAUUGUCGGAUUGGUGCCAGACAAAUCGGUGUUAGUGCUGGACCAGGCCCCUUACCACAAAAAAAGGGUAAAAGACUCAAUUAUGCCAACCAUGGCGUGGUUAAAGGCAGACAUACUAGCUUGGUUUGAAAGAAACGCUAUUCCAUUGCCAGAGAAUGUUUCUAACUUCUGCACUAUGACGAAACAAACUUUAAUAGCGCUGUCAAAAAAAUAUCCGAAGCCGAAGAAAUUCAUUGUAGAAGAAAUUGCCGAAGCCUCCGGGAAAAAUAUAAGAAUUUUGUGGUUACCUCCAGCUCAUUGUGAGUUCAAUCCCAUAGAAUUAGUUUGGUCAUUCAUAAAAAAUGACAUUGCUACUAAUAAUAAAGGCAAUAAUGCUGAGGGAAUAUUAGAGUUGGCAAAAUUAGCUAUUUUAAAAGUAACACCUGAAUUAUGGAGCCGUUGUGUAAAGCAUGCGAUUAAAUAUGAGGAUCGUAUGUGGGAUAGGGAUAAGCUUGUUGAUGAAUUUAUUUCUAACCCGAAGAUGGCUCAAAUUAUAAUUACUGCAGGAAAUGAUUCUUCCGAUUCUAGCUCUUCUGAUUCUGACGACAAUGAAUAAUAUAUCAUAAUAAAUAAAGAAUAUGUAAAAUUUGAA